CCGGCCGGGAGCUUUGCCGGGGCCAGGCCGGAGGGCAGGUGGGUGCGGCGGGGCAGCCCGCAGCUCACUGCCCGGAGGGAGACGGGCGCUUCGUGACGAGUUUCAAGGAGAGUUUUAGGUGUGUAGGUGUGAUCCCUGCCUUUGCUCCCCAGCCUGGUGCCAUGGCCGACACGAUUUUUGGCAGCGGGACGGGCCAGUGGGUGUGCCCCAAUGACCGGCAGCUGGCACUGCGUGCCAAGCUCCAGACGGGCUGGUCAGUGCACACGUUCCAGACUGAGAAACAGAGGAAGAUGCAGGCUCUGAGCCCACAGGAACUUGAGGUCAUUCUGGAAGUCAUCCACAAAGCAGAGAAAUUGGACAUCAUUGAGCAGCAGCGCAUUGGGCGCCUGGUGGAGCGGCUGGAGAACAUGAGAAAGAAUGCGAUGGGCAACGGCCUCUCCCAGUGCCUGCUCUGCAGUGAACUGCUGGGGCUACUGGGCAGCACCUCGGUCUUUUGUCAGGAUUGCAAAAAGAAAGUUUGCACCAAGUGUGGAAUAGAAACCUUUGGAGCCCAGAAACGUCCACUUUGGUUGUGCAAGAUCUGCAGUGAACAGAGAGAGGUUUGGAAGAGGUCUGGUGCGUGGUUCUACAAAGGGCUGCCCAAGUACAUCACACCUUUGAAGAGCAGCAGCAAGUGCAGUGAGCUGCCCCCCCAGCCUUGGCAAAGCGAGCCAGGCAUGCCCGAGGCAGGGAGCGUGGGGACCAGCCACUCCUUCACCUGGGCCAGGGGAAAAGUGGUCUCUAGCGACAGUGAGAGCGACUCGGAGUUCAGUUCCUCCAGCCUGGAGGACAGGCCCAUCCCUGAGGGGUCAAAAGGCUCACAAGGCAGAAAGCACCGAGCAGGACUGGCACCCAUCAGGGAACCCAGCCAGGCUGUUGGCCCAACGCUGGAGAGCAGCCACUGCCCUGUCCUCUCGGGGAGCCACAGCAGCCUGGGCAGCGAGCAGGGAGCUGCCCUCAGCACCACCAAGAGUUGCCAGAGCCACCAGCCAGCUGAGAGGCGUGACAGCAGAGUCCCGGGCAAACAAUGCAUCCACACCAGAAAGCGCUGCUGACGGAGGUGAAGAUGGAAUUGCUUGUUCUGGAUCCAACACUCGCCCUUGCCCACUCCUGUAGACCUCACUCCAGACAACAGCUGCUGCGGGUGGUGACUUCAUGAUGCUUUUGCACAGGCAGUAGCAACACGGUGGCACCUGGGAAAACACCUGCCCGUCCUUCCUGCCUCACUGGUUUGGUUUGGUCUGGUUUCCCCUUCUGUGACUGACAGGCACUUUGGAGUGCUGCUGGGAGUGGAGUGUGGUGCUGUGUGGUGCUGCUGUGAGGCCCAGACCCACGAUUGUUGGAAGGCUCAUCCAAAGUGCUCACUGGAGCUGCAGAACUGUGCUGCUCGCCACUGUUCCUGGCCUGCCAAGCGCAGCCCAGGGUUCGGCUCCUGGCCUCGCAGUCUUCAGGAGAGAGAGAAAUUCACCCCUACGUCCCUGAAAAGGGGGUGUGAGGAGACUACAGCCCUCUGACUGCUUCUCAGCUCGGGGGUGAAUUUCCUUCUGUGAACCCCAAGGGCAAGACUGAGGCCCUGAUUUGCACUUGGCUCCCAUGGGCCCAGGGUGUCACCCCUUCUAUUUCUUGAGAUUGUUGUUGUGGUUGGUAUGAGUUGAUGGGAGCAUCAUCAGCUGGUGAAGUUGUGCUCCUAUUCCCUUCCACUGAGGUCUCUCCCUGCUCAGGGGGACACUUCAUUUAGUAAAGAAACACUCAAAUAAGUUUGCUGUGAAUUUUUCAGUCCUCCUGGCUGUGUCCUGUGAUAAGUGUGAUGCUUUGGCAGUAGGGUCAUGGGCACUGUGUGUUUGCUGCAGCUGCUGAUGGAAGAAGACCCACCACCCCACAGCCCAGCUGGUCUCCUUUGCGGACUCAAAUUGGAUAAAAGCUUUCAAAAUACUUUAUCUUGUUAAGCUCUGCAGAUUCUCCUCCCACAUGCACAUCUUAUAAGCUCUUCCAUCAGCAGGGACCUUUGUUUUACCUUUUUCCUGCAAGUCUUCAUCAUCUGGCUGACUGGAACGGUGUCAUCAUGAGUCAGGCUAUAGAAAGCUACAUGUCCCAGUCCUGCUUAUUCUCUGGGAUGGACAAUUUCCCUCCAAGGCCUGCGAGAUGGGAAAAAUCAAAUUACUGAUAUUUCUAGAGCAAUUAGAUAUUUGAAGGCCUGAGCAAAACCCACACUAGGCAAGUAGGAGUCUGUGCAUUUUUAUUAAACGCUUUAGAUCUGCCCCAUCUUUUGCUGAAGAAAUAAGGAUUUCAGAAUUUCCCUCUGAAAUAAUGGAUUAAAAGGCAUUUUGUGCCUGUUAAUGUCAGCCUUUUCCCUUGGUUAUUACUCUUGUUCUGUUCUCCUUUGCUACUGGGCUCUUUGUGUGCAUGUAGUAUAUGCUCUUACAAAUGGCUGCAGUAUGAAGAAAAAUGAGAUUGGGUGCUAGAACACUCUUAACAGGAGAUCAGAAAUCAAUCCUUGGCUUUCUUUCUAAAUUAAUGUGGUCCAACAGAGGCCUGUUCCCUUAGUGCUGUUUCAGCUGAAGUGCUAUGGUAGGUUGCUGGGAAAAUCCUACCAGCUCUUCCUCCAUGAACUGUUUCUGGCCUUUUAAAAAUCAAAACAGAACCUUUGGAUGCUGUGAGCUCCUUGAGAUGGCAUAAAGAGAAACCACUGAACGUGAAUUUCACAACAUUGGUGCCGAGGAGAGCAAGGGAUGAGGUAGUUCUCCACUGAGGGAUGUUUUGUGUCGUGGUCUGUGUUGUUUAAACCUGGCCAUUGAGACUCAACCAGCUGCAUCUCUGAAAGGGGUAAUGCCAAAAUUAUUAGCUGUUUCUGAAAAAGUAAAUCCAAAAGUCAUCUCUGGCUGAAAUGCUGGUGUGAUUUCAGAGCUGAAGUCAUGCUGUUGCCUCUCAGAGCUGUAGAGUCUUCAGUUUCAGAAGUUUUUUGCCACCAGAGAAGUCCUGUCUUGCCUUGCAGCUUUUGACAGUCCUACAGAGGCUGCCUUGCUCACCCGCUCAUUCCCACAGUGCCUCAGGCAGCCUGGCCUGCCAGGGUCAGUUAGGGCUUCAGAAGUAAGAGAAGCAAAAAAGAUGCUUAAAAAUUGACUGCAUUUUCUUUAGCCCUGUUACAUUCUCAUCAAAAUCUCUACACUGACUUGGAAAGAGUUUUUAAAAUUGAGCAUUUCUAACUCCUUUUGUGCUUCAUUCCCAGGCAGCGCAGACAGGUCAGUCGUGCUGUCACCCCCACCUUCAUUCCUCAGGGCUCUUUACCACAAUGUGGGCUGCCAGCUCUGCACAGGAUCUUGGUCAUCCUUGCUGGCUUGUGCUUCUUUGAGACAUGACUUUGUUUUAGAACUGAGGGUAGGUUUUAUGAAACACUCUUGAGUUAAAUUUGGGUUUGCUCUUGUACCAGUGAGACAGGAAACCUUUCUUUCUUACCUCUGUAUUUUACCUCCAUGGAGUAAUUCCACCUGAGUUCAGUCAUAUAUGGGAAGAUUUCUCCUGAGCACAGGGAAGGAUCCAGCCCAGAAGAAUGUGAUCUCACACUGAUGAAUGUGACAGAGGAACAUCUACAGCUCUCUGCACAUGCUUUCUGUUAAAGAUCACUUCUCUUUGUUGCAUCUCUCUUGGUUGUGUUUUAUGACUUUGGUUGGCAUAUUAUCUGAAACCUGUACCAGUUGACUGCCUUUUUUGUUGGCUUAAGGUAGGCAAGAAAGGCUCAGUGAACAGAGCUCAAUCUGCUCUGGUUUGUGUUUCUUUUAUUAUUUUGUUGUUCUCAUCUCCAUCCGUUACAACUUUUAUGUAGUGUUUUACUAUGGGAAACAAUAAAGUUUGGGCUCAGUAACAA